AUGGAAGCCAGGGGCACGGGCAGGGCUCGGGGUUACCUGGGAACCGCGGCCGCAGCGCCCGCGGCGCUGCUGUUCCAGCUUCAGUUGCGUGGAGACCGCGAUCCUCGAUUCCCGAGAGAGAAGCUCAACAAGAAUGAGGCCAGUGCUGGGGAGAGUAGUCUGCCCAGAAUUGGCCCAUUUCUACCCACGAGUGAGACUGGUCAGAAGUUGUUGCCAGUUCUCCCGAAACAGAGCUUGUUUCGUGUUUCCCCACCAGAGCUGGUGUUUCAGAACUUCGUGGCUCAUGAAGUCUCUGAAAUGGAACUGUCUCUCACAAAUGAGAGCAAGUGUGUUCAGCUGGUGCAGGUCUCCAUGCAGAGCUCACCUUGUUUCAGGCUGGUGUGCCCCAACGAGGCGUACCGUGCUGUGCCGCGAGGUGCGACUGCCCGUGUGCGCAUUCAGUUCACCCCCAACGAGAGCAAGGAUUAUUCCCAUGAGCUUGUCUGCAUCACCAAAACAGAAAGGAUAGUUGUGCCAAUCCGGGCCAUUGCUGCCCGAGCUAUCCUGAACAUCCCAGACCAGCUGAACUUCUCGGAGUGUCCAGUCAAGAGCAGCACCAAGAGGACUCUGCUGCUUCGAAACACUGGCAGCCUGGAGGCUCAUUACUACAUCAGCACCCAGAGUCCUUUCUCCGUGGUUCCGGUCAUGGGAGCUCUGGGUGCUGGUGACAGCGUGCAGGUGACAGUGGGAUUUCACCCACUGACCACUGGUGCCCAUUUUGGGUCCAUGGUAGUGAGCUACAACACAGGUGAAGAAAUGAUCCACACAAACCUUCAGGGAGAAGCUGUAGAUGUCAGCAUCGGGUUGAGGACGUAUUCCGUGGAGCUGAAGAAGACUUUCAUCACCACAUCAAGCCACACAACCAUGUUCAUCGAGAACAGGAGUAACAUCAGAGCCCAGUUCCAGUGGAAGACUUUUCCUAGUGAGGAAGAUGAGAAUGAAGAGAAGAGGAGGCAGUGUUACCUGCUGCGAUCACCGAGAGAGGCCUGCGUGGACAACACGACGGAAGAGAGAAGAAGAGCGAAGAAGAAGGGUUCCUGUGAAGAUCGCCGCGCCAUCCUGAAGAGCAGCGUCCGGGAGAAGAUGAUGAAGCUGAAAGAAGACCCCAUGCUAUUCUCCAGUGAUGCUUUUUCCCUUGAGCCACUGGAGGGAGAGAUCGAGCCAAACAGUUCAGUCCAAAUCAAGGUGACCUUUAAACCCCUAAAGGCCCGAGAGUAUCGAAGUGUGGCUUACUGCAACAUCUCAGGCCGUGGGAACAGGCUGCCCCUGCACCUCAGGGGGGAAGGCCAAGGACCCGUGGUUGAAUUCAGCCGUCAAAUGCUGAAACUUGGGAACAUUUCUGUCAACACCUCCCACGUCUAUGAGGUGAAACUGAUGAACCGAGGAGCUAUAGAUGCUCCCUUCACCUAUAUCCCUUCAGCCACAAACGUGGGCUGCUGCUUCAAGUUUGCACCCGAGGAGGGCGUCAUUGCAGCAGGUGGGAUCCGGACGAUUCACAUCUCCUUCAAUGCCACCGUACUGGGGAGCUUUGAGGAACAAUUCCAGUUCCGUGUGGCUGCAUCUCCUACGCCUGUGACCCUGACAGUCUGGGGCUGUGUCACUGGACCUGCUUUACACUUCGACCUCCAUGAGCUCCACUUCGGUGACAUCUCCUUUGGCUUUCCCCGCACCAUGACCUGUCGCCUCACUAACACCUCCCCGGUGGCCGUGACAUUCAAGCUCCGCAUGUCGGACGAUGGCACGCAGCCUGCUGUCAGUAGCUUGGAUCAGAUAUGCAAGGACAGUGACCCAUCCUGGAGGAAGGGAAUUCAUUUCUAUGUGGAGCCAAGGGAGUUUACAAUGAAUCCCAGCCAAGGGACCAUCCUCCCCCAGGGACACCAGGAUAUCGAGGUGACCCUGUGCUCCAACACGGUGAUGGAAUACUACCGGAAAAUGCUGGUGGACCUGGUGGGCCUGGAGGGUGUUGGCAAGGAAGUGGCAUCACUGAUCAUCACAGCCAGAUGUCUGGUUCCUGAGCUGCAAGUGUACCCCCAAAUCAUGCGCUGCAAUCAGUGCCACCUGAAGGAGCCAUACGAGAAGAAGUUCAUCAUCACCAAUAAAACUGACCUUCCUGGCUGCUACGGGCUUAUUCCCCAGAAACGCAAGGAGGACUCUCCUGUGUUGUACUCCAGCCCCAAACCCUGUGGCAUUGUCCAGCCUCACAGCACUGCAGAGAUUCCGGUUACAAUCGAGGUGCAAACAUUGGGCGAUCAUCGCACCAAUGUUCUGAUCGGCGUGUUUGGGGAUGAAAGAAACCCACUGAGAGCAGAACUCCUGAGCUCUGGAGAGCUGGCAGAAAUCUAUGGAACUCCAAAGAAGAUAGACUUUGGCAUGAUCCCACCGCUACAGCCGAGCUCACAAACUCUUACCCUCUUCAACAAAGGUCUUGUCCCUGUAGCCUUCAGGAUAAAGACUGCUGAAAAACCCCAGUGCUUUGUUCUUGAAAUGGAAGAAGGAGUGAUCCCCGCUAGGGGUGAGGUUCCUGUGACUGUCACAGCCAUCCUGGAUGACACUGGGCAUUUUGCUGACUCCAUCCAGCUCUUCAUCGGGAACAGCUUUUGCUUCAGCUUCUUACUGAGGGCUAUGGGCACUGGCACCACAAUUGUCACAGACAAACCACUGGCCCCAGAGCUCAACUUGGGAUACCAAUUCAGCCACCUUCCCAGUACUCAUCAGUUCCAAGUAACAAACAGGGGCCACCAUUUCCAUCGGCUCUUCUGGAGCGUGGAAUGCUGGAGGCCACCCAAGAAGAAGGGCCAGAGCGUCUCAGCCCUCAGCAGCCCCAAGGCCGAAGAUGAUUUGGAGCCCCCCGGUCGUACAAGCGCCGUGUUCGGGCUGGAGCCAGGCUCAUGGGAGCUGCAGCCAGGCGAGUCUGUGGACAUGGUGCUGCGAGGCUUCUCCCACACCCCACAGGAGGUGCGGGAUUACAUGAAGUGUGAAGCUGUGGUUGGCACAAGCGUGGUGACAAAGAAGAUAAUAGAGACGAUCAUUAGCUGCAAGUUCAUAGAUCCCUCUAUAGAAGUAUCAGCCAGAAAACUCUCUUUCCGGGUGGAGAAGAAACCCAGUGAUGUCCUAACUCUGCAGUACCAGCCUUUGGCUUUAAAAAACACCUGCUCCCUGCCGCUCCACCUCGUGCUGGACGUGGAGCAGCCGUUUCUGGUCUGUGAUGAGGAGCAGCAGCCCCUCCCAGAUGGCCAGCCUGUGACAGUGGGUGUAGAGGAGACCUGCCAUGUCUACAUCGCAUUUGACCCAGCUUACAAACUGGAGCUUAAUAGCUGGCAAGAAAAGAAGAUUCUGAAGAUAGACAUGGUUAGGGACCAUCCUAAUGUGGAGCAUAUCGAGCUUUGGGGAGAAGUCCACUUCCCCAAUCUCCAAAUCCAGCCCAGCAGCCUGGAGUUUGGCUGCAUCGUGGCUGGCACGGAAGCAGUGCGCUCUCUGAGGAUGAGCAACUGCAGCCCCCUUCCUGUGGAGUACCACUGGUCAUUCCAGGCAGACAGCCAGGUGCACAAGUUCAGGCGUUACAUCCCAGUGGGGCUGGCAGGAUUCAGUCACUCCGUGGAUGUACCAUGGACUCCCCUCAAAGUGGAGAAGGCUUUCAGUAUCCUGCCGCUGUCGGGUGUGCUGCAGCCGGGAGAGAGACAGCAGGUCUCCUUCACCUUCACUGGCCACCUCAACACCAUGGCCCAUGUCACAGCGCUGUGCCACGUGGAGGGAGGCCCCACCUACGAGGUGAAGCUGAGCGGGGAGGCCUCACGUGUCAGCUACUCCCUGAGCGCCCGGGAGAUCAACUGCGGCUCCCAGAUGUUUAACGAAGUUCAUCACAGCACGGUCAUCCUGGCGAACACCAGCAAGAUUAAAUUCAACUGGGUGCUAGAACCCAGCACUGCAGACCAAGACCUGCCUGGUGUGUUUCUGGUCAAGCCCACCACUGGCUCCAUUGCAUGUGGCAGGAAGCAAGUGCUGAGAUUCUCUUACAUGCCAGGAGUACCAGGAGCCUUUAGCAGGACAUACCAGCUUAAAGUGGGUGACCUGGAGCCGGAAAAGAUCUGCCUGAAAGGAGAAGCGUCCUUUCCUAUGAUCAGUGUGAACCUGCCCUGGAACAUCAAAGGAAAUGAGAAAUGUGGAAAGCCACUACAGCUUGCAGAACACACGCAGCAAUACAGUGAGACCCUGAAAAUUCAGAUCCCAGCAGCUCAGCCCUUAAAAAGUCCAGAUGUGAAGACUGGGAAGCUGAAGCCCUGCAUGCUUGAAGGCUCUGACAUUGUAGCAAACACUCGGCUGCAGAUAAAGAUGAUCGAGAAGGCUGCUCUGGAGCUGCAGAAAAAGCUCACAUCCCAUCCCCCAAAGACCGAGUUCCCUGACAAAAAGCUGUGCCAGAGCCUUGUCAAAGUUGAGCUGCCAGAGUAUGUCCUGGACAUGGGCACUGUCCUGAAGGGUUUCACUGAGAGACGCACCCUGGAGAUCACCAACCCUGGGCAGAUCCCAGUGUCCUUCUGGGUCGAUGCAUCUGUCCUGCAGGACACAGGUUUCAGCGUGGACCUGGGCCAGAUGAAGAGUCUGCCCCACAUGCACACCCUGAGGUUUGAUGUGCAUUUUGAAAGUGCCCAGCAACCACAGGGUGACGUGGAUGUGCUGCUGCCCAUACAGGUAACAAAAGGCCCCACGUCUCACAUCCGCCUCCGUGCCACUGUCUUGGAACUGUCGCUCGACCUCUCCCAGAACACACUGCACUUCCCCAAUGUCCUCGUUGGGCAGUGCCAGGUUGAGACAGUCCAGCUCUACAACGGGUUCCAAGUGCCCUGCAAAUGGUUCAUCACUGCCAUCAAGCCUGUUAUGAAGGUAAAGCACAGACUGAGGAGACCUCACACCAUUGGUUUCUGUGUCCAGAGCAAUCAACUCAGAUACCUGACACGAGCCCAAGGUCAGAAGCAGCAGGCGCUGGAGGAAGGGCGCUGUCCCUUUGAAGUGACGCCCUCCAAAGGAACCCUUGAUGCAGGAGCGUGGCAGAACUUGCAAAUCCAGUUUGCACCCAAGGAGGAGAGGUCUUACAAGUAUGAGCUGAAGCUUAACAUUCCUGGGAGCAGCAAUCACUUAAGGCUGCACCUCUCGGGGCAAGGUCUGGAGCCACGGCUGGAGUUCAGUCCCCCAGCACUAAAGAUGGGAUGGGUGCUGGUGGACAGUGAUGGGGUGGAGGCCACAGUGGUGGUGAAGAACCCAUGCAAAUUCCCCAUUGAGUUUUACUGCCUGGAUUUGGAUGAGCAGUACCUUGAGGAGGAGAAGAUGCUGAGGCACCUGGGACUGCAUCCCCAAGGGCCUCCCCUUCCCCCUGCUGCUGUCCUCUCCAGAGUUGACUGCCCAGAGGAGCAGCUGGGCUCUGCAGAGCAUGUGAAGCCCUUCACCAUUGUUACACCUGAAGACAAUCUGGCCAGGACCCCAGAUGAGAAGGGCAGUUCUGCUGAGGGCCAGCCAAAGACAGGUAAAGCAGUGAGCAGAGACAAGUCUCCAAAGGGGAACCAAAUAUCUACAGAGAGAACAGAAAGUCCCUGGGAAUCCUCCAGCACAAGAUCCAAAAGUACACUGGAAGGUGCUUCCAUCUCCACAGAAUUCCUCAGGCUGAAACGGUACCGGUGGACAGUGCCUGCCCUCGGUGAGGUGGAACUGAAGGUCCACUUCUCCACCAAAAAGCCAGGGAAGUUUGAGCAGACGCUGAGGUUUGAGCUGGUGGGGACAAAGCGGCAGUACGAGCUGCCCUGCAGUGGCACCGGCCUGUACCCCAGCAUCAGCCAGAACCCACGGCUGGUGUUUCCACAGUGGAGGAAGACCAUGAAGGAAGGUGAAAUCAUCUUCAAGGAAUACGUUGAGAGCACCAAGCAAUUCCACUUUGGACCGCUGCUGUGUGGGAAAUCAAGAGAGUGGUACAAGGCCCAGAACUGUCCUGGCAACUCGGAGAAUAUAACCAUCCUCAACAACUCCCCCAUGGACGUAGAGGUCCAGUUCUUCUUUGAGGAUGAUGAGAAAGCAGAGACCUUCCUUCUGGACCCUCCCAGCAUGACCCUGAAACCAAAGAAGAAGCAGGAGCUGACCAUUUGGGCAUACCCCACUUCCCCUGGCUUCCUGGAAGACAAACUCAUCUGCUGCAUUAACAAGAACCCAGAGCCAGUGGUCUUCAGCCUGUGCUGCCAUGGGGUGCACGUGAAGCUGGAGGUCAGCCCCCUGGAGCUGUCUUUUGGCAAGCUGCUUCUGCACAGGACUGACAGCAGGACCUUGGUCCUGAAAAACAACACCCUACUGCCCAUGGCCUGGCAGCUCAGUGGGCUGGAUGACCUUGUUGAGGACUUCUCACUGUCACAAGAUAACGGCACCAUUGAUCCCCGCUCAGAGAUUGAAGUGACAGUGAAUUUCAAGGCCCAGCAGAUUGGCACCAUUGAGAAGAGCCUUCGACUCGAGGUUUCAGAUACAGAAAACAUCCUGGGGAUUGUUCAGGUUGAAAACAUCAAACUGUCUGCAGAGGUGUAUGAUGUUCUCCUGAGCAUGGUCCUGCCUGAAGAUGAAACCUUGGAUUUUGGAACCAUCAAUGUCCAGGAUAAUGUGAAGAACAUCCUGACUCUAACAAACAAAGGGAUGUACAACAUCGAGUACAGAUUGAUGCUGAAGGGUGCAGGUCCCAGGAUGCGAGACUUGGCGUCCCACUUCACUGUCAAGCCUCAGUCGGGCAAGCUGAUCGCCUCCCAGCCUGGUGUGAAUAUUGAGAUAUUCUUCCACCCCACAAGGGAAAUCCUCCUCAAGAACAGCCCCAUCCUGUACUGCCAGGUGAUAGAUGCCAUCUCAGGGGAAGGAGGCCAGACUGUCGCCAGCAUCCCAGUGAGGGUGUCGGCAAGAGCUGCCUACAGCAAGUUCAGUAUUGAGCCUGCCUCACCCAUCAGUUUCGGUGCCAUGAUGAAGGGCAGCAAGAAGAGCCAGACUGUCGUGCUGGAGAACACAGGCGUGAUCAGCUUCAAAUUCCGCAUCCACCGAGCAACCGAGGAUGAAUCUCCUUUGGAAAGCAAAAGUUCAAAGCAAGGGGAGUCUGUUCCAUCAGCUAGAAAGUGCUCAGCGGGAAGGAAAUCAAGCUUGACACAGCCUCUCCUGGAACUUCUUCUGCAGGGUCAGCUCAAUGUGGGCAUGUUCACGGUGUCCCCGUGCUCCGGCUCCAUCGCUCCGUGGGGCCAGCAGCAGAUCACGGUGGAGUGCCUCGCAGGGCAGGAGGGGACUUGUGAGGAGCAGCUCUACAUUGACAUCGUGGGCAGAGACCCCAGGGACAAUCCCCUCGGCAUUCCCUUUACCCUGACUGCCGAGUCCUGCCUGCCAGCAUUUGCUGAGGAUGCCAUGUUAAUCUUUGACGAGUACCCGAUCUGCAGCAGCACUGACCUCAGCCACAAGCUGCUCUCUGUGCACGGUGUGGGCCUGUUUGUGAGAGAUGAGAACAAGUUCAUCUUCAACAAGAUUCUGGUUGGGCAAGAGGCUGAAGCCCAUUUCAACAUCUACAACACAACUGGUCUGCUGUGUGACGUGGUCCUCUCCAUCAACCCCCUGCCUGGACAGGAAAAAGGCCCUAUCACCGUUUUCAAGUUGCAUCCUGUCCAGAUGUCCAUUCCCGGCUCAUCCCACGCUGUUGCUACAGUGACCUUCACCCCACCAGACGAGCAGAACUACGACUGCACUUUUAAGGCUUCCCUUGUCAUCCCCAAACGCUCUGUGAAAAUCAAGCCCCAAACCCUGAGCUUCACCAUCAGUGGGAGGGGGCACGAGCCGCAGGUGACAGUCGUGUGCCCAAGAGCUCGCAGCAAGAGAGGAAAUGCCGUGCUGCGCUUCCAGAGGCUCCAGCUGGGGGAUUUAGAGAUGCUCCCCCUGGUCGUCCGUAACAACGGCAUCGUACCUGUCAAGUUUAUGUUACACCUGGAGGAUGAGCAUGGAGCAUUCUUCUUGAAAGCCAGGCGCUCCACACUGGAGAGAUUCCACACUGAAGAUGUGGGAGAGGACUCUGUUGGAAAUGAGAGCAAGCCCCCAAAGAAGCCUCUCCUGCUUCUGCAUCGUGGGCAAUCGGCAGAGUUUGAUGUCAUUUUCGAUCCCACCCUGGCUCGACGUGUGGAAGGGAAGAUCCGUGUUUUAGUGGGGGACACCUACACUGACAAGACCCUGAUAGAGCUGGUGGGUGAAGGCCACAAGGAUGAAUUCACCCUCAACUGUCUAGAGGAAGACCCACAGUUGAGGAAUGAUAAGAGCAGUUGGAACAAAGACAUCAUUGAUGCUGUCAGACUGAACCACAUCCAGUUUGGGGACUGUCCUGUUGGGAAGCCCUGCCACAGGACCUUCACCAUCACCAACCACACCGGCAUGACGUUCAUGCGCUUCGAGUGGGAAGCAGACGUCCCAUUCCAGUUCUGCCCCAGGGUGGGACAUCUCCACCCUGGCUGCACCAAGGCUAUCACAGUGACCUUGAAAUCAGAUGUCCCAGCCACCUUCAGGAGGCACCUUGUGAAAUGUAAGGUGACCAAGAUCAAGUUUGAGCUGCCACCAUGGAAGGUUCCAGACUGGGACGACGAAAUGUGCAUUGUCUUGUGGAACGACAUCACCGGGAAGGACCCAGCAGCCCAAUGGCCUGAAAAAGAGAAGACAGUGGAGACAGUCCCGGAACCGGCUCACACUGUGCUGAAGAAGAGCGGCCAGGAGGCCGAGCUGUACCUCAGUGCCUUGGUUGCCUACGCCCAGUUCAAACUGGACACAGUCGUGGUUCAGCUCAAGGACACCUUGCCCUUCCAGACAAGGACAGCCACUUUCAGGAUGCACAACACAGGGAAGGUGGCCCUGGAAUACUUCUGGGAGGAAGCUGCACCUGCAGAUAGUGAAGCAGUGAGGAUGCCAUAUUCAACCACUCUGAUGAGUCAGCUCAGCUCUGCUCCUGUUGUAAGGCAGCGCAGAAAGCUGGUGCUUCGUUUCCGGAGGGAGCAGGACCAUCCUUUUGAGACGCAUCCUUCUGAGCUGCGGCGCCUACAGUGGCUUGCCAAGGAGCAGCAAGAUUCCGAGCAGGAACAGCUGCAGGAUUCCGAGCAGGAACAGCCAGAUUCUGACCAGGAGCAGCUUUCUGAGGAAGAGCAGCUGGAUGCCAAGCAGAAGCAGCGUUCCAAGAAGCGGUGCCGCUCCAAGGAACGGAGUCUCUCCCCGCAGCGUGCCACUUCCUCCCUGGAAGUCCUCCCAGAUGUCACCCAUGACCAGUCACUGUUCUCCAUCAACCCCAACUUCGGCACCAUCACUCCUGGCCAGAAGAAGACCUUUCAUGUGCUGUUCUCGCCAAAGGAUGUGGGGAACUUUGAGACCACCAUGCAGUGCAGCCCGGCGAUCUCGCCCCUCAGCCCGGAGAUCUCUCCCCUCAGCCCGGCGAUCUCAGCCCGGCGGUCUCACCCCUCAGCCCGGCGAUCUCAGCCCGGCGGUCUCACCCCUCAGCCCGAGGGGCAGCGCUCGGCAGCGGGGACCCGCCUCGCCUCGGGAUCUGCCCGGAGCCCCCCGCUCCGCCGGGUCACAGAUUACCUUUAUUCCACGGUUACAUGCACACAGACAAAGCUCAUCCCUCACCUGAGCUGA